UAAUGGAGAAUUCUACCUUUUCCUUUGCUCUUGCAAUCUUGCUAUUAAAUAGCUUUACACUCUCCUUGAAUACUAUCACAGAUGAAAAUGCACUCAUUUCAUUCAAAAACUCCAUCACUUCCGACGCUUAUGCUAUCUUGAGCACCAAUUGGUCGCAAAACACAUCAGUUUGUAAUUGGAUUGGUGUGUUGUGCGGCCUCAAACUCGGUCGUGUCAUUGCUCUCAAUCUUCGUGGCUACGGCCUUACUGGAACUGUUGCUCCACAUCUCGGAAACCUAACGUUUCUCAGAUAUUUGGACAUCAGUUCCAAUAGUUUUACUGGGAUCUUACCCUUUGAGCUUUCUAAACUGCGUCGUUUGAAGGUGAUGAAUGUGGGAGUCAAUUCAUUAACCGGAGAAAUACCAACAUGGUUGGGAAGUUUACCUCAACUAGAGGAACUCUAUCUGUACAACAACAAUUUCUUAGGUACAAUUCCUGAGUCUUUGUUUAACAUACCCAAUGUCAAAAUCAUGUCACUUGAUCGGAACCAACUUGAAGGACAGAUUCCACCAAAUAUAUGGAAAUGCACACAUCUUGAGAUCUUGUCAUUACCCUUCAACAAUUUUAGUGGCAACAUUCCUCCAGAAAUUGGGAGAUUGGAAAUGCUUAGAGAGAUAUACUUGGGGUACAAUGGUUUUCGAGGAAGGAUUCCAGCUGAAAUAGGAAAUCUUUCAAGACUAGAGAUAUUAAACAUUCACAAUGCUUCUCUAACCGGAGAUAUUCCAUCUUCAAUCUUCAACAUGUCUUCCUUGACAUUCUUGAGCUUAUCUGACAAUAAUUUGUCAGGAAGUAUCCCAACUUUCCACAAUCUACUGAAGCUUGAGAAGUUAUAUCUUUAUAAUAACAAGUUGAAAGGAGGAAUUCCAUCAGAAAUAGGAAAUCUCUCAAGAUUGGAGAUAUUAUACAUUGACAACGCUUGGCUAACCGGAGAUAUUCCGUCUUCAAUCUUCAACAUGUCUUCCUUGACAUUCUUGAGCUUAUCUGACAAUAGUUUGUCAGGAAGUAUCCCAACUUUCCAAAAUCUACCAAAUCUUGAGAAGUUAUAUCUUGAUAAUAACAAGUUGAAAGGUCAAAUUCCACUAAAUAUAUGGAAAUGCAAACAUCUUGAGAUCUUGAAUUUAGGCAACAACAAUUUCAGUGGAACCAUCUCUCGUACAAUUGGAAAUACAAGCAUGCUUAGAGUGUUGAAGUUGGCGUACAAUCAUUUCACUGGAGGAGUUCCAGCAGAAAUUGGAAAUCUUUCGAGACUAGAGAUUUUAAACAUUGACAACACUUCUCUAACCGGAGAUAUUCCAUCUUCAAUCUUCAACAUGUCUUCUUUAGCAUACUUGAGUUUAUCUUACAAUAGUUUGUCAGGAAGUAUCCCAACUUUCCACAAUCUACCACAGCUUGAGAAAUUGUAUCUUAACAAUAACAAGUUGACAGGUUUUCUCCCAAAUGACAUGUGCAUCAAUAUGCCAAGAAUAAAACGUAUUUCUUUCUCUAGAAACCAACUUGAAGGGCAGAUUCCACGAAAUAUAUGGAAAUGCACACAUUUUGAGAUGUUGUCAUUAUCCUUCAACAAUUUCAGUGGAAACAUUCCACGUGAAAUAGGGAGAUUGAGAAUGCUAAAAGAGUUAUACUUAGGGUACAUCAAUGGUUAUCAAGGAGGAAUUCCAGCAGAAAUAGGGAAUCUUUCAAGCCUAGAGAUAUUAAACAUUAACAAUGCUACUCUAACCGGAUAUAUUCCACUUUCAAUUUUCAACAUUUCUUCCUUGACAACCUUGAGUUUCUCUUGCAACAGUUUGAAAGGUCUACUCCCUAAUGGCAUGUGCAACAAUUUGCCCAAAUUCAAAAUGUUGUCGCUUUCCGCGAACCAAUUUGAAGGGGAGAUUCCACGCAGUAUAUGGAAAUGCAUACAUCUUGAGACGCUUUCGUUAUCCUACAAUAAUUUCAGUGGCAUUAUCCCACGUGAAAUUGGGACAUUGAGAGUGCUUACAGAGUUGUACCUGGGGUACACUAAUAGUUUUCAAGGAGGAAUUCCAGCUGAAAUAGGAAACCUUACGAGACUAGAGAUGUUAAACAUUGACCAUGCAUCUCUAACCGGAGAUAUUCCAUAUUCAAUCUUCAACAUUUCUUCCUUGACAAUGUUGAGUUUAUCUUUCAAUAGUUUGUCAGGAAGUAUCCCAACUUUUGAUAAUCUACCACAACUUGCGGAGUUGUAUCUUACCAGUAACAAGUUGACAGGGCAUAUUUCACCCAAUAUUUGGAAAAGCAAACAUCUCAAGAUCUUGAACUUAAACUACAACAAUUUUAGUGGCAACAUCCCUUCUGCAAUUGGAAAUAUGAGCAUGCUUACAACAUUGUACCUGGCCUACAAUCAUUUCACAGGUGUAUUACCACAAGAGAUGGGCACUCUGCCGAUGCUAGAGCAUUUUAGUGUGUUCAGCAAUUCCUUAAAUGGAUCCAUUCCAUCUUCCAUAUUCAACAUAUCAACAAUGCAGGAAUUGGCACUUUCGUACAAUGAUUUCUCUGGUACUCUUCCUUCAUAUGUUGGCAGUUCACUAGUCAACCUUGAACGACUUCUUUUGAAUAGAAACGGAUUUAGUGGCCCAAUUCCAACCUUUAUCACCAAUGCUUCUAAACUUACUACCUUGGAUAUGAACUACAAUUCCUUUAGUGGCUCCAUACCCUUCUUUGGUAAUUUGAAGCUUCUACAAACACUUACCCUUCGGGGAAAUAAUUUGAGUGGAGGAGAAUUCCCAUCUCGGGAAUUGACAUUUCUAAGUUCGCUAAGUAACUGUCGACAUUUGAAGAUUAUGGAAGUAUCAAGCAAUCCAUUGAAUGGCUUCCUUCCCGCUUCACUCGGGAAUUUUUCCUCGUCUUUGGAGACUAUUAGCGCGUCAAACAACAACAUCAUGGGUGUCAUUCCUUCUGAAAUAGGAAACUUAAGUAGUUUGCUUAAUAUAUUUUUGGAGGACAAUCAGCUGAGUGGACCCAUUCCAUCAACAAUUGGGAAAUUGAAGCAACUCCAAAGAAUAAAUCUUGGUAGGAAUCAGCUGGUAGGGUUUGUCCCUAACGAUCUUUGUCGAAUGAAUCAUUUGGGGGAGCUGUGCCUUGAUGGGAACAUGUUUGUGGGUUCAAUACCUGAAUGUUUAGGUUAUGUUAAAUCCUUGAGGGAGAUCUACUUAGAUUCCAACCAAUUGAAUUCAACCAUCCCUCCUAGCUUGUGGUUUCUAACAGACCUUGUGAUUUUGAGCUUGUCUUCCAAUCAUUUGAGUGGCCAAUUGUCAUCUCAGCUGGGACAUUUAAAGCUAAUCACCUCUUUGGAUUUGUCAUCUAACCUAUUUUCAGGCUAUAUUCCCACCUUAAUUGAUGGUUGUCAAACACUAGAUUUUCUAAAUUUAUCAAAUAAUUUUUUCAGUGGAUCCAUUCCUCAAUCCUUAGGAAAUGUUAAAGGUUUGAUAACAUUGGAUUUGUCUUACAAUAAUCUCUCUGGAUCAAUACCCAAGUCCUUAGAAGACCUCCUCUUUCUUCAAGUUUUAAUUAUUUCCAACAACAAACUGGAGGGAGAAAUUCCAAACGGGGGUUGUUUUCGUAACUUCAGUGCUCCAUCUUUUUCCCAUAACUUAGGUCUUUGUGGUCCAAUAAAAUUUCAAGUUGCAUCCUGCCCGGAAAAUCAUCAUACAUCAUGGUUGAAGAGACGCGCGGUGCCAUUACUUGUUUUAGCUGUAAUUGUGGUGAUUGUAAUGCUUGUUAUCGUAAGGAUGAGUAAACGGAAAAAUGUGGCACUCUCGGCUGAUAUUUCAUCACCAAUACAUGAAUACAGAAGAAUUUCACAUAUAGAACUUGAACAUGGAACAAGUUCAUUUAGUGAAACCAAUCUACUUGGAAAAGGUAGUUUUGGUUCUGUAUUUGAAGCAAUACUUUCUGAUGGGUUGAAAGUUGCAGUAAAAGUGUUCAACUUGGAAAUGCAAGGAGCAUUAAGGAGCUUUGAUGCAGAAACUUCUAUAUUGAGCAGCAUUCGACAUAGAAACUUAGUUCAAGUUAUUGGAUGUUGUUGUAAUAUGGAAUUUAGGGCAUUGAUUCUCACAUAUAUGCCAAAUGGAAGCUUGGAUAAAUGGUUACAUUCCAACAAGUAUGGUUUGGGUCUUAUACAGAGAUUGAAAAUAGCAAUAGAUGUUGCAUCAGCCUUGGAAUAUCUUCAUCAUGGCCAUAUAUUUCCAGUAGUUCAUUGCGAUGUAAAGCCAAGCAAUGUAUUGCUUGAUCAAGACAUGACUGCUCAUCUUGCUGAUUUUGGUAUUUCAAAGCUUUUUGAUGCAGGGGAAACUGUCAUCCAAACACAAACAGUGGCGACCAUUGGUUACGUAGCACCAGAGUUUGGAUUGGAGGGAAAAGUGUCAAUAAAUGGGGAUGUAUACAGUUUUGGGAUAAUGCUACUAGAGUUGUUCACUGGAAAGAAGCCAACAGAUGGUAUGUUCGGUGAAGAAAGAAGCUUAAAAGAGUGGGUAAGUGAAGCAUUACAGCAAAAUGCAGCAACGGAAGUGGCGGCGCCUGCUUUGUUAUCAAGAGAAGAUAAACAUUACUAUGCCAAGGAGAAAUGCAUGAUAUCGACAUUUGAAUUGGCAAUGAAAUGUUUAGCCCUUUCAGCAAAUGAAAGAGUAAACAUGAUUGAAGCAGCGGCUGGACUACACAAGAUCUAUGCAACAAUUGUUGCAGGCACAGAAAGCUAAGGUGUUGGUGUGAUUCUUGUAUUUUAUCAAAACUUAAUAUUAUUAAUUCGUGGGAGAAAAACAAGUUUUUUUAAAUUUCAUGAUACUUGGGGCCAGUAUCCCUAUUAUUAAUACUACCUCCGUCCUCUAAAUUUUAACACACUUUGAUCCGGCACGGGUUUUAAGAAAU